AUGGCGGAAGUUGCAACUGAAGUAAAACUUUUUAACAAAUGGUCGUACGAUGAUAUCAGCGUCGCGGCAGACAUUUCUCUGGAAGAUUAUAUUGCUGUAAAGGGCAAAGCUGCCACGUUCCUGCCACAUACGGCUCAGCGUUACCAGAAGAAGCGCUUUCGCAAGGCGCAGUGCCCCAUCACGGAGCGUCUGGUGAAUGCGUUAAUGCGCAGAGGCCGCAACUCGGGCAAAAAGCUCAAGGCUACGCGCAUUGUCAAGCACACGCUGGAGAUUAUUCACUUGCUGACGGACAAGAACCCGCUGCAGGUGGUGGUUGAGGCUGUGAUCAAGUCGGGCCCACGUGAGGACUCUACUCGCGUUGGCUCGGCCGGUGUGGUACGUCGUCAGGGUGUGGAUGUGUCGCCGUUCCGUCGUGUCAACCAGGCGCUGUACCUCAUUGCCACGGGUGCUCGUGAGGCGUCGUUUCGCAAUGUCAAGACCAUUGCUGAGUGCCUGGCUGACGAGCUAAUUAACGCGUCCAAGGGUUCGUCCAACAGUUAUGCUAUUAAGAAGAAGGACGAGAUUGAGCGUGUGGCGAAGGCCAACCGAUAA